AUCUCUUUAUGGGCUACAAUGUCUUUUUAUAAUCUGAAUAUAUGAGUAUUUCUUCUUCUUCUUCUGUAGUUUCUCUUGCUUAUCACCGGCUUUUUGCCUUGUAGUUUCUCUCCCUCUUUUUCCGUCUUCUGAUGCUACCGUGCUACAGAUUUCGGAUCUACUCCUUGUCCCCCACAGAAAGGUUUCAGGUUGUGAGGAGUCUGCCGGUUCUUGCUUAAACUUUCAUUUGUUUCCUUGAAAUGGAGAUUUGUGGUGAUUUCUUGUCAUGGCUUGGACCAGACGCGUCCAUCCAGAUUCUCAUGAAUUUAGAUGACCCAGCUGAUCUUGUCCGUGCUAGUGGUGUCUCCCGUGCUUGGCGUGAAUUCGUGAUUGCAAAUGGUUUCUGCAAGAACCUGUGCUUAAGAAUGUAUUCAGAAAUCUCCAGGGUUGCACAUGUUAUUGAAGGAAACAACAUGACAGAGCCUUUAGAAGUUGGAUCAAACAGCUCUUUAGAAUGGGAAAGUCUAAAGAAAGAUCAUCGAGUUUAUGCUCAUUUAGCUCACUGCUUCAAAUCUUUUAGGACAAAAGAUUGCAUUUUAGAAGCCAUUAGUGCAUCUAGUACUGAUAAUUAUCCUGAAGAGAGCAUUGACAACACCUUGGAACCAAGUGAUCGUGUUGUGAGGAGGCCUUCAUACUGGUCAAGCAAAGGAGAAAACAAUCCUGCAGUGCCUGAAAUCUUGACUUAUAGAUUGGUCUCCAGGCUGUGUGUUAUAACUGAAAUCAGCAUACAGCCAUUCAAAGCAUUUUUUCAGGUUGGUUGUCCUAUAUAUUCGGCCAAGGCUGUGCGAUUUCGUAUAGGCUAUCUCAAGGAACCACUAGAAGCUGGGAGUGAUCACAUGGACGAGUUUUCAGCAAGUCACAAAUACAUUGAAGACAACUUCAUGUCAGCAUAUGUUUCACCAGAGUUCCCAAUGGCUCAGGAUAAUAGUUUGCAGAAGUUCAAGCUACCAGAGCCUGUUCUCUGUAUUGGUGGAAUUCUGCAGGUUGAGCUAUUGGGUAGGGUCCAGAGACAACAAAUGGAUGGUUUAUUCUACAUAUGUGUGUCCCAUGUUAAAGUUGUUGGUCGCCCACUCUUACCAACAUUCGAUGUUGAAAUCCUUGAUCGCCCUGGAAAGUCUGGAAAGUGCGUACUGAAGUACAACCCCCAGGCUGAGCGUUGCAUGUCUCCUGCAAGAUCAGCUGAGGAUGAGACAGGUGUGUCCUCUCGUUUGCGUGUUUUUAGGUUAAUGCAGAGAGGUGUGAGGGGUUGGGAACAAAUGAUUAUCAAUACAUUGCUGGGGAAUGCUGCCGCCGAUGGUGAUUAUGAAUCAGACGAAGAGAUGGUUGUGUAGACCUUUUCUGAUUGUAUAAUUAUAU